AUGAUGCCUCUUCUGGCGUUCCCAGUCGAGAUCCUCGGCUUAGUACUCGAGAACUUGAAUAUUUGCGACCUUUGGAAUGUCUACGACAGCUGUGAGGCACUCCGACUCUCCUCGGCGCGCUACCUCUUCCGUGCCUUGGAGAUCCGCUUCGACAGGGCAUACCCAGCCGUUCUGAACUCCCGGCCAUUUCCACUGUCGCCCAAUCGCCUAUUGAAGAUGGUGACACAAUGGUCUUUAUAUGUUCGAAAGGUUGAUGUCUGGGGCGACGAGGACUUUCUUCAACAGGAAUUUCUUGACGUCUUGGCCACUCUUGUCAAUCUCCGUACUUUCAGCUACCCCCCCAGCCUGGCCAGCUUUCAGACGCUUCUGGUGCGGCUGGGCGCGCUUCCGUCGUUGCGCAGCCUGAGUGUGGAUUUCAUGUCCCCGCGGAUCUGGACGGUUCCGGUGACUUUUAACCACCUGCGGCAACUGCAUCUCUUCUGCAUCGAACACGAACCCGGGCUGUGUAUCCUUCCGUCGCUUCCUGUCCUAGAAGCGCUGGCGUUGAAUUUUUGCUGCUACUGUUUAGAGCGCCUGAGACAUGGAGAGGGGCCCUGUACCAUGCUCCAGUUUCACCAAUUCCCGCAGCUCCACUCCUUGUCGAUAUCGGGCGCGCAGCGGGGAAGCGUCAUCUGGCGCGGACGAGCUUCCCAGCUUCGGAGACUUGAAAUCACCUUCUCCAACGGAAUAGAUUUGCAUAGUUGGCUGACCUGUGUUGGAAUAAAUCUCGAGGAACUCUACAUCUCUGACUGUGGGUUUGUGAAGGAGAACAGCCUGGCAUCCUUGGUCGCGUUUCCUGCUCUCAGGCAUGUGCGGAUAUUGGACUCUGUAUCUGGCCUCUCCUCAUUCUCUUCCUGCGCGGAGGUGCCAUCGUCGACAGAGCUCUGUUUGCGGAUAUACCCUAACGAUUUUGAAGACCUUGACGACUGGUCGCUCAUCUGGAAGCUUCUGGCACGGAACCCGGUAUUCCUUAGCUUAGCUGGCUCCCGGACCCUUCGAUACCCGUUGGAUCCAACUUCCCGUUUAUCUCAAAUCACAUCACAGCCCCAGACUCUUGUCUCGCUGCUGGGAUCUAGCUCAUAG